AUAAAUACAAAUGUUCAGAAUUUACCAUGGACCAUAUACAUUUUUGGAGUUUGGACACUGAAAUUUUCAGAUUCUUGUCUGUGGUUAAACCUCGGAACCAGAGAGAGAUGCUAUCUUCUUGGAUUGUGUUACAACAUUGAAGUUAAAAACUUGCUUUGGUCCAUCAUGAGAUUGCUUCUUGGUCUCUUGUUUCUCUUGGCUUUAACCACCUACUCAAGUGCAACUUAUUGUCUAUGUAGAGAUGGUAUUGAAGAGAAAGAUCUUCAAACAUCAAUAGACUAUGCAUGUGGAGUUUUAAAAGAUUGUAAUCAAAUUCAUGACAAAGGUCCUUGUUAUCAACCAAACACUGUCAAGAGUCAUUGUGAUUGGGCGGUUAAUACUUAUUUCCAAAGAUUUGGUCAAAUCUCUGGAAGCUGUAAUUUCUCAGGAACUGCUACUACCAGCCAAAAUCCUCCUUCAACUGUGGUCACUGGUUGCAUCUAUCCUUCAAGUCCUGGAAGUGCAGGGACAACUCCAACGACCGGAACUCCUUCAGGAACACAACCGUUUCAGGGACCUCCUGCGUUUGGUCCGGUCGGAGUUUUAGACCCUUCAGGCAAUAGUGCCUCGAGUUUGUUCAUUUCAAUCGCUCUCACACUUGGUUUCUCCGUCAUUGCGUUUCUAUAAAAGGCUAGUGAUUAAGAACGUGAGGCUGACGUUUUUGAUGUACGGAUGAGAUUAUGCCACGUAUGAAUGCAAGUUCUUUGAGGCAGACAUCCAUUUUAGUGGUUGGCUUUGUUGUUUAGGCUAUUUUUAUGUAAUGUAUGUAAGAAAGGAUUUAAUGGAAUCUUUCUUUAAGUGUUUACAUGCAGAGUAAAGAGAACAAGUAACAUAAA